UCAUCACUUUUCGUUAACUUUCUUCCCGACCCUCCGUCUCCAACAACCCUUUCUCUCCAUCACCACAUACACAAUUCAAAAUGGCAUCAGCAGUUCGUUUUGGCUCUUCCGCCUUCAGGUCGUCUCUGGCCGCCCCAGCAUUCAAUGCUCGCAUCGCAGCCUUCAAUGGCGCGCGUUGCUACUCCGCCAAGGCCCAGACUCUGAAGGAGCGCUUCGCCGAGCAGCUCCCUGAGAAGAUCGAGGAGAUCAAGAAGCUCCGCAAGGACCACGGCCACAAGGUCAUCGGCGAGGUUACUCUCGACCAGGUGUAUGGUGGCGCCCGUGGCAUCAAGUCCCUCGUCUGGGAGGGAUCCGUUCUCGACUCCGAGGAGGGUAUCCGCUUCAGAGGAUUGACCAUCCCAGAGUGCCAGGAGGCCCUUCCCAAGGCCCCAGGCGGCAAGGAGCCCCUUCCCGAGGGUCUCUUCUGGCUGCUCCUGACCGGUGAGGUCCCAAGCGAGCAGCAGGUCCGCGACCUGUCUGCCGAGUGGGCUGCCCGCUCCGACGUCCCCAAGUUCGUUGAGGAGCUCAUCGACCGCUGCCCAACCUCCCUCCACCCAAUGGCUCAGCUCUCCAUUGCCGUCAACGCUCUCGAGCACGAGUCUUCCUUCGCCAAGGCAUACGCCAAGGGUAUCAACAAGAAGGAGUACUGGGGACACACAUACGAGGACUCCAUGGACCUGAUUGCGAAGCUCCCAACCAUCGCUGCCAGGAUCUACCAGAACGUCUACAAGGAUGGAAAGGUUGUCCCAGUCCAGAAGGAUAAGGAUUACUCCUUCAACUUCGCCAACCAGCUCGGCUUCGGCGACAACAAGGCCUUCGUUGAGUUGAUGAGACUCUACCUCACCAUCCACACCGAUCACGAGGGUGGCAACGUCAGCGCUCACGCCACUCACCUGGUCGGCUCUGCUCUCUCCUCCCCCUUCCUCUCCCUCGCCGCCGGCCUCAACGGUCUCGCCGGCCCACUCCACGGUCUCGCCAACCAGGAGGUCCUCAACUGGCUCACCAAGAUGAAGGCUUCCGUCGGCAACGAUCUGUCCGACAAGGCCAUCACCGACUACCUCUGGACCACCCUCAACGCCGGCCAGGUCGUCCCCGGUUACGGCCACGCCGUUCUCCGCAAGACCGACCCCCGCUACAUGGCCCAGCGCGAGUUCGCCCAGAAGCACCUCCCAGACGACCCCAUGUUCAAGCUCGUCAGCCAGGUCUACAAGAUCGCCCCCGGUGUCCUCACCGAGCACGGCAAGACCAAGAACCCCUUCCCCAACGUCGAUGCCCACUCCGGUGUCCUCCUCCAGCACUACGGCCUCACCGAGUCCAGCUACUACACCGUCCUCUUCGGUGUUUCCCGCGCCAUUGGUGUCCUCCCUCAACUCAUCAUCGACCGCGCGGUCGGCGCCCCCAUCGAGCGCCCCAAGUCCUUCAGCACGGAGAAGUGGGCCCAGAUCGUGGCCAAGCUUUAAAUUUGAUUUUUGCCUAAGCGGUUUGUGUAGCAAAAAUGGAAAUGGAGUGUAUAUCUAGGAAUGGGGGGGAUUGGCUUUGGCUGUAUUUUAUAGAAUAAUAGAUAAGGAUUAGACUAUGAGUGCCUGUAGCCUUUAUUGAAUUUACAAGAGUGUCUGUCUUG